AUGUCGCUACUCUCGCGCCAGCGUAUCCUCCUUCGUCAGCCUCAAUUCUUCGCAACUCGCGCCUUUACCUCCUCUAGGGUAAACGCAUCUCGUCUCCGUCAACCAGGCGAACCAACAGGCCCCAACGAACCUCCGACACACAUCCGGACUCCGCCUUCCAAAUCUCCCCUCAAGGUCUGGCCUAUCCUCGCUAUCUUGGGACUAGGCACAUACCUGUUCAACCAGAUCGUUGAGCAGCGCAAAGGCGAGGGAUACCAACCCAAAGGACCGAUUCAGGGCCACUCACCCAGUGGCAAAGGACAAGUGAAGCCUUCGCAUCCUCACUAG